UGAAAAACAAGAAAUGUCCAUAAGGCGUGAAUCCCCUUAUGGUCCAUUUGUUGAGCAUGUCCUUUUACCAGCUAUUAGAAUAGGAGUAUUAGCAUUAUCCAUAUUAGCCAUUGGAUUUGGAAGUUGGUUCGAGACCAAUGAAACCAUUAAUGAUUGCACGUUUAAAAGUACUAUGUCUAUGCAUCAAGUAUUCCUUUAUAGAAAUAUCACAAGUAACUUGACUACACCUGAUUCAGUAUCAUUUGGUUUGUGGAAACAUUGUUAUAUCUAUGCUCUCAACUGUUCUUGUUCACCUACAAACCUAAGAUAUCAACCUGGUAAUAUAAGAUAGUAUGACAUAACCAUGAUAUCAUGCGCUCAGCUCUCUCUCUCUCUUUUUAUGUGUUUAGACGUCUCUACUGUUCUUCAAGUGGCCACUCAACAUAAUGCUACAGCCCCUAUAACUGCACCUACUUCAUUAAGUCGUAUCAUACCCCUUCUUUUAGCAACCGUAUUCGGAGGUAUUGCCUUCUUACUUGGACUUUAUUCCAACAAGGGAGGAAAAUACUUGUAUCGUCGAAUUGUUGUUGGAUUCGUUUUGGCUACAUCCAUACUUGUUGCUUACACGUUUGGUUCCUCUUAUCAGCAUUACUAUCAAAUGAUCAAAGAAACAUGCCAAGACACCAGCAAUAAAGUGCACUGCGCUCGACACGUUGUUCAAGCUGAAUCUAUUCUAUUUGCUGUUGCUCUCGGUCUUUUAUUUCUCAGCCUCUUGUUCUGGACUAUUGCUUCUGCGUUCUUUACAAAAAGUGCCAAUGAUAAAGUAUCUGAAAAGGAAGAAGAAACUGAGGAACUGAAGCCAGCGUUCAUGUCUCAAACUCACCAAAGAAAUUACAGCCCAACAACAUCCGAUUAUACCCCAAGCAAGACCACGACAGCUUACUCAUCCCAAGAUGAAUUAGCAGUAUGGCGUGACGUUGCGAUGUUUGAUCGAGACAAUAUAAUUUGGGAAGAGGACAAACGAAAUUUGUAUCACCAUCAAAAUGGCAGUAAAGGAUCAUCUUCUACAGACACUGCAGAGUAUUACAAAAAGCCAACCAAGAGAUACUACAGCCCUGUAGAAAAAUCAUUAUCUCCUCCACCUGCGUCUGCGGGAAAAUCCAGUAGACGAGAUUCACCAAGCAACUCUCAUGGCUAUCAUAGGCAGCAAAAGAGACGUUCAUCUAAUAAUGCAAAUUACCAACAACAACAACAGCAGCAGCAGCAUAGGAUGGGUAAACGUCAUGAUCAAAAGUAUAAUCAUCGUCAACAGUCUAGAAAGGAAAGCCAGGAUUCUACCAUGACCUUUGGUGGUUAUAAGUCAAGGAAACCCUCUCAGGGAUACUCUGACUGGGAACAGCGAUAUCAAACGUCACGGCUCAGUAUGGGUGGCGGAGGUGGCGCGAUGAAGACUCCAACGAGCAUGUCACCACAUCCUUUCCAAUACCCUACGGACGCGUCCAACGCUAGAAACUCAUUCUGCAUGACUCCUAAUUUUGAUGACCAGCCAUCUGAACCGUCUUCCAACAGUUACUUCCCUCAACAGGAGCAUCGAAAAUCAUCUACUAGUAGUCUAGGUUAUGUGCCUAUCUUGAACAUGCCACCUUCAGGAACACCAGAAUCAACGAUAGAGCAUCCACUGAACAAGAAGGUGAUCACAGAUAAGCGAAUUCAAGAAUAUCUUCAGAAUUCUCGUCCCUAUUAAUUUUGUAAUUUUAUAUUAUUAUUGUUUGUUAUUAAUCUUGUAAUUUUAUAUACACUUUAUUCAAUUAGACACUCUAACUCAUGUCUGUAUGAAUGUUUGUUUAGAGAGAGACAGGGAGAAAGGGGGAUAUAUUGAAGUUUUUGUUACACGCGCGUGUGUGUGUUUACACAAAUUAAUGCACAAGAUCAAUGGAUCGCCAUAGUCUCUCUCCUUUUCAAAUGUCAAUUGUUAUGUACGCGCCAAAUAAUAAUAAUAACGAUUUAAUACAGAUUAAACUAGCUUUUUUUAAAAUUCUAUUCUAU